GACUUCACUUUACUCACCCGGCGAAUUGACCUCAAGACGCAAAUGAGGAAUAGAGUGGAGGUGGAGAAGGAUUUUUUGUUUCCGCGCCUUCAUUGUGUGCUGUGCGGAAUAAAAAAAAUAAAUAUAUAAUAAAGUCAAUUGUAACACUCCCUCCUCCUGUUUCCAACACAGCUCCCUCCCUCCCUCCCCCCCCCCCCCCCCCCCCCCCCCCUUGCUCUGUCUUCUUCUUCUACUCCUCCUCCUCAUGCAUUACAGUCCGGGUGCCCGGCGAACCGGCUCCUGCCAUGUCGGUGGGAAAUGCGGCGGCUGGCAUCGAUGAGACAACGAUUGGAGAGACGACAGAGGAUCAGUUGGUUCUUGGGAGCCAGGGUCCUACAACGUCUUUCUCCAGCUUAAUUUCUCCUCCUACUGCAGUUGUAUCUUCAGACUUGGUUAAGUCCAUGGUGGAGUUUCCCAGGAAACGUAAGGGCAGUACAGAUAACCAAGAAAUUGUUGAUGUGGACAUGGAAGAAUUACAAGACAAGGCUGAUGGAGAAGAUCAGCACACAAAAAUGAAAUGUUUCAGAGAACCACACAGCCAGAUUGAAAAAAGAAGAAGAGAUAAAAUGAAUUAUCUGAUAGAUGAGCUCUCAGCCAUAAUCCCAACUUGUAACCCAAUGUCUCGAAAGCUAGAUAAACUUACAGUCUUGAGAAUGGCUGUGCAACAUUUAAAAUCAAUGAAAGGUGCUGGAAGUUCUUUUACUGAAACCAGUUACAAGCCUUCAUUCUUACCAGAUGAUGAACUUAAGCAACUUGUCCUCCGGGCUGCAGAUGGGUUCCUAUUUGUUGUUGGAUGUGAUCGAGGAAAAAUACUUUUUGUCUCAGAGUCUGUUUCCAAGGUCCUUAACUAUGGCCGUGCUGAACUAAUUGGACAGAGCCUUUUUGAUUAUGUGCAUCCAAAGGAUAUUGCCAAGGUGAAGGAACAACUUUCUGCUUCAGAUGUAUCACCACGGGAGAGACUAAUAGAUGCCAAAAGUGAGUUGCUGUGUUUAAAUAUGCAAUUACACUUGAUAUUUUUGCUUCCUCUUUUUCAAAAUAGAGCAACUACCAUAUUGGGCUAUUUGCCCCAAGAACUGCUGGGAACCUCUUGCUAUGAAUACUUCCACCAGGAUGAUCUUAUGCACUUGGCUGAUAGACAUAGAAAAGUUUUGCGUAGUAAAGAGAAGAUUGAAACAAAUUACUACAAAUUUAAAACUAAAUAUGGGUCAUUUGUUACUCUUCAAAGUCGAUGGUUUAGCUUCACUAACCCCUGGACCAAAGAAGUAGAGUACAUAGUGUCCACAAACACAGUCAUAUCGUCCAGGGAAUUUUGUGAAACUUUGCCACAAUCAGGUGACUCAAAGACUUCUGAAGAAUCAAGAAACACACACUUCCCAGCAAUUCCUGGAAGCUCUAGUGGUACAGUGAUUGGUGCUGGAAGUAUUGGGACACAGAUUGCUAGUGAACUGAUGGAUGGCAAUAGGUUAAACUCCUCACCAUCUAGUGGGAAUGCAAGCCCUUUCAGUGUAGUUCAAGACAAAUCUGCACUGUCCUUAGUUCAAACCAGCAACCAUGUGCCAAAUGGAGAAUCGGUGCACUCAGGAUGCUCUGCAAAGCCUAGUGAAGAAAGUGAUAGCCAGAAUAGCAUAUUUCCACUUGGUAAUGCUUUAUUAAAUGAGCCCUCUCAACUGGAUCUUGAUAUGGUGGUUGGACCUGGCUUACCUAGCCUUAGUAACGAUGAAACUGCAAUUGCUGUAAUCAUGAGCAUUUUAGAAUCUGAUAAUGGACUGAAUGAUGCAGUGGACUUCAAUGAAAUGCAUUGGUCUCUCUAGAGUUUUGUUUUUAAAUGAAUUUAUUAUUAUUAUUAUUAUAUAACAGUAUAUUUGGGUAAAAUGGUAUAAAAGGACCAUACCAGCAUUUUCAUUUGUGAUACAAAGUGAAAUAGUUUUAUCAACUGUAUGAGUUUUUCCCUGUCAAAUUUUACUAUGUUUAUCUGUAAAACUGUGUAUGCAAUUAGGGAUAUCAUUUGUCUUAAGAAGAUUGAGUAAUAUACCCAAUAACUGUUCAGUAGUAAAGCUGUUCUUUUCUGCUUAGUAAAAGGAGUAGAUGGAGGUUUAGGGCUAGCCAGCCUGAUAGUGGAAGAACCUAUUUAAAUUUUGUUUUAAUUACUGCAAGAAAACAAGUUAAUAGUUAGUCAAGAUUACUCUUACAUCACAAACAAUUUAAUCACAGUAUCAUGCAACUGAAGGUCACUGAUAAAGUGAGUGUGCUUUAGUUAUUUUCUGUUACAGGCAGUAAAAUGGUUUUACACAAAUGCAAAAUUUCCAUACAAAGGAAAAUAAAAAUCAUUUAUUUCUUAGAGAAAUGAAAGCUGUAUUCUUGUAUUUUACUUGUUAAUUAUGGCAUUUUAGAUCUUUUAGUAAUGUUUAUUUUUUAUGAAGCAGCCUCUAUUGUGUUGAUGUGUUUUUUGGUUUAAUUUAGUAUUUCAGUAUUUAGCUUGAAUCGUUUAUUGGGUUUGCAUCCAUCUUUUUUUGAUGCUUUGAAAAUUUUUUUUAGCUUGGUAGGGUCCUUUUUAUAAACCUCAGAAAUGCAAUUUAUUCUUGCUUUAUUUGGAAUGUGACUUUUCUAGUUUGCGCUCUGCUUCACUAUAGCAGAUAAGAGAAGGCCUAAAAAUGAGGUUAUUUACCAAAAUUUCAUUGAAGCACUUGCCUGACCUUUUUAUUACAUGUUUAGAUAUUUCCAGAAAAUAAAAAAAUAGAAUUACAUCAAUGUCUUCGCAAACAAAACUAUUUUUUGUUUGAUAAUAAAUGAUCACCAUUUUGAGAUGUUUACUUUUUUGAUACUGUAUUGUACAAAUGGGGACUGGGUAGAGAUUUGGAUUGUUUUGCUAAAUGCAUUAAUUGUAUGUAUGUUUUGCUGCUUCUCAUCAUGUGUAAACCAGGUGAUCUUUAUGAGGAUACUUGAAGUUAAAAGUGACAGUUUUAUUCAUUGUGGAGAUGUGGAUUCAUACUUUUAUACUUGUGUUAAUUUAUAUGAAAAUUUGUUUUUAAAAUCAAUGUUAUGUUACAUUCAUAAUACAUUUCAAAUUUCUAUAAAACUGUAAAUGGAGGUUUAAAUUAUACUAAUAACAGUUAAAGUUUAAAGGUUAGCAUUAUGUAAUAAUGUUUUAUCUGAAUUCUACAAAAAUCAAUUGUUUAUUAACAUGUAUCAUCCUACAGAAAUUCUCAUAUUCUUUGUGGCUGGUAAGGAAUUACUUAUCUUAUAUAGAUAUAAUCUGUAUAUGGAGUAUUUUCUUAAUUGGAAUCUUAGUACAUACUCUCAUUUGCUCCUCACAAAACUAAACAUUGUGGUGUUUUUUGAUACAGUUGUCUUUUGUAUUUUUCUUUCACUAGUUUUAGCAUUAAAGUGAAUAUCCCAUUUACUAUUUAAUGUUUAAAAGAUAGCUUCUUUAGAAGUUGAAACAUAUAUUAAGAUUUGAAGUACACACUAAAGUUAACACCGUGACCUUCAUUUUUAACCAUUUAUUUGUGUUUAUCAUGACAGUAAGCUUCUGUAGGUACAGUAAGUUCUUUGCUCUAAUUUACUUUGGAACUGCUCAAGUUUUUAGAACAUUGGUUUCUUUAAAAAUGUUGAAGAUCUAAUGAAAUUUCAAUAAUAGGAUUAUACAGUAGGUAUUCAAAAUAAAAUCAAGUUAACUGUAUUGUGUUACUACACAAGUCUCGAACCAGCUCAUUGUAAACUGUCAUGCAUGUGUUAUUUAGAACUGUAUUUGGAAUUUAUAAUGUUUUUUCCAUGAAAGCAUUGACUGUUUUCCUUAUAUGAGGUCAUUUUAUACAGGUAUUUAAAGCAUUGCCUCUAAUAUACCAUUUUGCAAAUGUGUAUGGCAACUGCGUCAUACUCAGGAUAAUAAAACUUAAAUUAUCUGUUUCUCCUA